CCCAGGGCUAAGCACUAAGUAGCAUUUUUCGACAAAACCGCAGAAAUCGAUACACAUCGAUCACCUCCCUAUGACAGAGCAGUGUAAGUUGCUGAAAGUAGCUAGCAAACAACUGCCUGAACUGUUAACUCCACUCAAAGGCGAGGCUAAGCUAGCAGAGCUAACUAGCCAAAGAGGACGGCUGGUAGCCAACGUCAUGUUUAAGAACAGGUCCGCCUGGUUUUCUGGCAGCGUGCCUAGGGCACGUCAAAACAUCUGGAUUUUGGAGGGUGGUAUCAUCACUAACUGGAGAAAAGCAGAUUAUAUUUUCAGUGAGGAUGCGGCAUGCCCUGAUACUCAGAGGAUAUUUCAGAGCAAAGAGUACCUCUGGAAUAAGGUGGUGGUCUUUCACAGCUUGUUUCUGUCUGUCUGUGAAAAGCGCCAGAGUGUGAAGUCUGUGAGCAUCGGUCACUAUGUGCUGCCUCCAGCCUCAGUGCAGGAAGAGGUGAGAAAAGUGGUCGGCAGAUUUAUUUGGGAGAGUGACAUUGAGCAGCCAGAACCCCAAGCCUCCAAUAAAGUCAGUAGGUGCAAGAGUGAAGAUGAGAACAGUGAAGAAACCAGGAGCUAUUCUGAACACUCAGACACAGAGUCGUCUGAAGGUGAAGCCCCUCUGAGUGGUUAUUGUAUUAAUAGGAACAAGCCUAAAGGGUACAUCAGCAUGGACCAUCUGCAGAAAUAUUCUGGUGAUCUGCAUGAUUUUCAUUCUGGAUGUUUCCAGUGUUCCAACUGUAAAGCUCACUGUUGCUUAAAGUGCACAUAAGCACGCAUGCAGCAAAAGACCAACAGAGAGUUUGUUGAA